UAUAAUUCAAGAUUAAAUGAUAGGUUCUUCAUUAAAGAAACGGCCUGGCAAAUCAAAAACAAAGAGAAUAUCCCCUGGCAGGAUCAGAAGUGCCAAAAAGAAGAUCACACGAAGAAUGAACAAGGAAUCAUCACUUGAAAAUAACUAUGCCAAUAGGGGAAAUGACUUAUCAAUUAAUAAGAGAACGAAUAUUUCUGCUUCUCAUAAAUUUUUCAAAUAACCAGCCGUCCCAAAAUCAAAGUAUAAAUAUGUCAUAUCAGACAGCGAAUAGUUUUCAUUCAAAGAAGAAGAGGAUUUAUUCAGCUAAGCCUAGGCUGCAAGACUCAAGGAGAUUCACUAGGGGGACGCAGAGGCCAACUCAGGAUUCAAGUAUCCUGCAGCUGUCGCCUUCAGAUAAGAAAUUACAUGACAGUAAUUUUAUAAGGUUCAGCCAACACACAGCUCCUAGCACUGAUUUUCAAAGGAGUUAUUACAACCCAUACCAGACAUUGACGAAGAUGUCUGAUAAUUUUUUGAAUAUUCAAAGGAACCCUUUGAAACAAAAUUACUUUAAUAAUGAAACUACAGCUAGAACGUCUACGAGUAAUCUUUCAAAUAUGACCCAUGUCCAAAAUAACAGAACAGAGGAUCAACUAAAUGCGCUUGAGAAGAUAAGAGAGAUGCACAAUGAUAUGUCCCAGCUUUCUAGUCUAAAGCAUGUUGACUGUGGGAAGCUCCUUGUCAGCGCAACCCUGAAGAUGAAGAAAAUGAACUACAAACUUAGUAGCAUUGUUUCUAACGGUGAACUUCAUGUAGAAGUGCAACGUAAUGAUCCUAGAGAAGUAGAAAUAUUCGAAGACAUCCCAUUUCUCCUAAAAGUAGGCUGUAAGGGCUUAGUGGGGCCAGCUAAAUUUAUACUCAAAUUCAAGACCAGAGGAAAGGUGAAAAGUUAUGUCUCUUUUGAUAAAUCGCUUGGCACUAACCCUAAGAGUAGCAAGAAGCUGACUAUCUCUGAUAAGCCGCGUUUUCAGAUAUUUCCUGAAAAUAAUGAGAAAGUAUUUGAAAAUGAAUAUAUUUAUUGCCUUAUCACAUCGAUCACUGAAUGCAAAUUUGAACUUUUUAUCGACUUUCCGAAUGAAGAUGAUAAAAAGAGACGAAAGAAAGAAGUCAAGGAAGAAGACAAAAAAGAAGACAUCGAUGCAAAACUAGGCAAAGUAAAGAUCAUGAAGCCCACGAGGCCAAAGCAGGACAUUGUAGAAGAGAACAUCAGGAGGAUAACAUAUUGGAACAGAAUCUCAAUCCAAGAGAGGAAAUCAAAGAGUCAGAAAUUCCAACGAAGAAGACAAAAUGCGUUGAAAUAAGAAAGAAAAGAUGUUCAUGGAUAAGCUCAAGCAUAAUAUUUAUUACAUAAACAGAUGGGAUAUCGUUAGAGAAAAGAGAAGGGAUGUCGAGAAAAUGCAAAGAGAGCAUGAGCAAAAGCAGCUGAGAAAGUUCUGGUGGAUCAGACAGCAGAAGACCAAUGAAGCCUUAAAAACAAAAACGGCCCUGUAUCAAGAGUACAAAGAAAAAUUAUUCGCUAAAAGAAUCAUAAGGAGAUUCGGAGAGUACAAAGCUAAGAUUGGCCCUUCGUUUGAAGAUAGAACCUGCAACCAAGUCCGUACUGCAGUGACGGCUUGAAUGCCAUUUAUGAAGGACAUAUCAGUGCAGAGGUCAGAGAAUAUUCUGAAAGACUUCAUUCAGGUCUCUACAAUGAAUUAUGAUAUCAAAAAGACAUUUAUAAAAUACCAUGAACGAGUUUCCUUACUCCAACAAGCGUGGAUAAAGAAUAGGUCUAACUUCGAGUUCAGAGCAACUGUGCUCAAAAGAAUGUGGGAUAAAGAAGCAGAUGUUAUGAUAUUAUACUGAGCCAAGCAUAAAGGGAAAAACAAGAAGUUCAAAACACUGUUAAAGAAACUUCAAACACUUGAUGAUGAUGUAAAGGAGAAGUUGAUCAAGUAUUAUCUCCAAAAGCUCAAGUAUGAGCAUAUGACUAAAGUCUACGAGUGGUCUAAGUACAAAUGUGAAGUAAAAGGGGGAGAUUUCGAAUCAGAUGAUAAAAUUCUGACUCUCACAACAGUCAUUAAACUUAUGAAUAGGUUCUUAUACAAAGGUGUAGAUAAUGCGAUUCUAGAUAGCGAAUAUUUGAGGCAGCAAAAAGCCCAAAAGGCAGAGCAUAAGAACACUAAGGAAGGAGGUACUCAUGGGGCAAAGCAUCGCACAUCUAAUUCCCCUAACAAGAAUAAAGCUCGACCUGAGACAGGAAAAGCGAAAAUGAAGUUCGACUAUGUACCCUUAGAGAGAAAAUGGUUGGAGCGGAAAUACCCUCCAGGAUUCCAUUUUAAUCCAUCAAAGAAAGAAAUUCAGAUGAUGAUUAAGAAACAGACUGUCCUCAAGCCUGGCGAUGAGAUUGUGUACACUACUAUGGAUAUACUAGAGAAAGGAAACUAAAGUAUUUUUAAUGAUUAAUGGGCCAAGUAGCUAAACUU